GGCGGCGUGUCUAUGGAAGCGGCGGCGGCUGAGCGGAAGUAGCCGGGCGGGCGGCAGGAGGCGAGGCGAAGCGGCGGCGGCGAGAGAGUCACCGAGGAGGAUGAACAACAAAUUCGACGCGUGAGUCGGAGGCGCCGCGGCUGAGGCCUAGUCGGAGGGGGUCCCCGUGCAAAGCGGCUCCCCGCCGCCCUCGGCCCGGCCCCCAACCGCCGUUGCGCUCCCGGAGGGGGCCGGAGAUGGGCGGAGAGGCAGGCCGCCCUCCGUGAGGGCAAGUAGGGCGCCCGGGGCUGCAGGGCGGGGAGAAGCUGCGCCUGCCGAAAUUCCCUCCUCGGCCAGCAGAAUGAGGGCGGGGGUCUCCCUUCAUGGAGGAGGGGCUGCUGCUCUGCCCUCAGAGCUGGAGGCCGGGAAUGCUUCCAAUUUGAAUAAAAUACAGUGGUACCUCAGGUUACAGACUCUUCAGGUGACAGACUCCUCUAACCCAAAAAUAGUACCUCGGGUUAAGAACUUUGCUUCGGGAUGAGAAGAGAAAUCGCGCGGCGUCGGCGGUGGGAGGCCCCAUUAGCUAAAGUGGUGCUUCAGGUUAAGAACAGUUUCAGGUUAAGAACAGACCUCCAGAACGAAUUCUUAACCCGAGGUACCACUGUAUUGGUGGGGGGCGGGGCGGGUAGGAGCAGGUAAGCACCGCCCUGCACAGUCGAUCACAAGAUCACACACCCUUUGAAUGGCAAUGCCCAUAAGGUGUUUUUUUUGGGGGGGGGCUCAAAUAUUUUACUGGGGUGGUGGUGCUGAAGGGACCUCGGCCCGAUGAUUUGGCUCCUAUGAAUGGUCCUGAAUGGCAGUUACUGGAAGACUCGGGAGGGGAGAGAGUCACUCUUGUGCUUGGACCCUGCGUGAGGGUUUCCCUGUAAUGGGCACCUGGUUGGCCCCUGCAGGGGACAGGACAGGGCCUGCCCACCCAUGAGGCAAGGUGAAGCGGCAGCAGACCCAGAGGUAGAUCUUUCUCUCACCCCCCCCUUGUUCACGGUGUAGAUCUUCCCUUACCCCCUGCUUCCCUGGCUGGGGUAGGGGAGCCGUUUUGGGGUCCGCCUUAGGUGCUGAAACGCUUUGGGCUGGCCCUGGGUCCUGGACUGGAUGGGCUGUUGGCCUGAUCCAGCAUAGGCUGUUCACAGCCUCUCUGCAUUCUGAGCAGAGUGCAGGCUCCAGGGCGAGUGUCGUCAUUGGGCAGAAGCUGCUUGCCUCGUUCCAAGUCAGCCAUCUCUGCAGGGAGAGCUGGAGUGGUGCCCUCAGGUUAUUGCUGGACUCUGGCUCCUAGUGGCAUGGCCAGUGCAGAGGGAUGAUGGGAGUUGGAGUCCAGCAGAAAGGAUGUAGCAGGCACAGUGGCUUCAGUAUGAAGCCUUUCCCUGCCCUAUCUGGAGAUGCUGGGGAUUGAACUAGGGUCUUCCUGCAGCAGGAUCCUGUGAGCUACCACUGAGGUAUGGUCUCUUCCCAUGUGGGGCAGUGCUCAGUAAUGAGGGCAAGGGCAGUCUUCAAGCCUGUGGGAACUACUUGGUUUUAUUGCAAGGAUCUCAAAGUCUGCCACCUUGCAGUUGUGUGUAAAUUCACUGUGGAUCAGGAGUUUUGACAGCCAAACGGGAAGAGGAAGCCUUUUUGUUUUUAUUCUUUAAAAUUUGAGAGAGAGAGAGAGGUGGCAACCCUUUACUGAGCUACCGAAAACCAUCUGCCAAUCAAUCCCAUUCUGCCUUCUGCCCAACCCCAGUCCACACAGACUGGUGGUGGCUCUCCUGGGUUUCAUACAGGAAACUUUCCUAGACCCACCUGGAAACGCUGUGCAUUGGGCCUGGGACCUUCUGCAUGCAAAGCAGGUGCUCUGUCACUGAGCUGUGUUGCCCUUUGGUAGAGAAAAAAUGCGGUUGAGUGACAGUUUGCAUUUGUUUAGAAAGGGGCUGUAUCUCACUGUUGACGUUCACAAGUCUUGCCACUUUUCCAACAGACACAGGCGCUGUCUUUAACAGGCAAAAAUCAAGAGGUGGGUUUCUCCCCCACUGUACCUCAGGUGUACCUGCCUGAUAUGCACCUGUAGCUGGCAAAGAGAUACCCAGGGGGAGAUAGUCACCUGUCUGUUCAAACCCCCAACUGACAUCUUUGGGUCCAGUCUCAAGAUACCCACUUGUUUCUUAUUGCAGGCAAUCACUUCUCAUCUAUAAGAAAAUACUCCACUAAGACCUGAUGUAACUGCCAAUGUUUGACCAUUAUUUAGCACUGUUGACAUACUUUCCCUGGUAUGGUGGCAUGUAUCAGGACACAGGAAAGAAGUAUAAUGGGGGAUGUAGUAGGGUGUGCAGAUGUGGUAGAAGAAAGCGCUGAAUUUGUAGUGGACUAGUGGGGUACAAUAACACUUUGAAAAAUAACUGUGAAAGAAAGAGACAGGGACCUUGCUGGAUGAUAGGCUAGAGACUGGUUAAGGCAAAAGGAACUCCAUUUCACACGACCAUCAAUGCAUGUGAUGUUUUAUUUUUCUUGAUAAAUUUUAUAAACAGGUCUCUAGCCCCAAUAAGUUUACAGUUUUAAACUGGUGUCAGGGAUUUAUUUAUUUUUUUAAAGAUGGCAAAUAUAGGGCAGGCUAAACAUAUCCAGCUUUUUAAACUGUUUCCUAUAAGAUUGGUUUCCAGGGGUGUGCUACAAAAGUUAUUCAGACAAUACAAAAAAGGAACAGCAGUCAUGAGCUUUCAAACUGAUUAUUUUAUUUACUUCUUUGCCAGUCUGAAGGAUGAUGACAGUGGAGAUCAUGACCAGAAUGAAGAGAACAGCACACAGAAAGAUGGUGAGAAGGAAAAAAAUGAUAGAGACAAACCCCAAAGUAUCAGCAAGAGGAAGGUACGUUCUUUUCUCUUCCUUGUAGACUAGACUGGAGUGUUCGGUUGAUGAUUCUGAGGGAGCGGGGGAAGCGUUAGCCUAUAGCUCCAGUGUCCAGAGAAUAUCUAUGGUUAACUUUGACUAAGACCCUUCCCUAGUCUCCAUGCCUUUCCUUUGUUAAAGAAAAUAUGAAUUAUUUGAAAAUGUUUAUCUUGAAAGCAGAAUUGACUGAUAAUGAACAAUUCCAUUCAUCCGUACGGUUCUGGAGUUGGGAACAAAUUCAGCCCUAAAGCAUUAAUGACUUUCCACGUGGACAACCCAUUAUGUUCUCCUAUCUAAGCAAAUGGCUGCCAUUUGUUCCUUGAGGCUAGGAACAUGUCAUGAAGGCAAAGUUCCCUAACACUCCUAAUACCUACUGAAACCUUGGGCGGCACUUACACGAUGUCUGUAUCCUCUCCUUGCCAAAUCCCCUUGCAAUAGAUAAUCCCUCUUUCUGCAAGAACAUGCUUCCUGACAAUAAUGGCAGACAUUUAGCUGUAGAUAAAUUUGAUAUUAGAACUGCGCUCCUCCUUGACUCCAUCUGGCGCAAGCGCACAUGAACCUACAGAAGUGGCUGCCCACCCUCCCUCUACUUUUCAGUAAGCACACACCUUGACACAGGAUUCAUGUGCCUAUCCUGCCCGUUGGCUGUGCUUCCUCAGCUCUCUCCUGCCUUCACCAGCAGCCGUGAAAGCAGAUGGCCCGCAGUAAGAUAGGAAAGAGGUUAUUCCUAGCUGUGAAUUGCAGGUCACCACCCCUGGUUUAGAGGCUUUUUUGUUACAGAUGCAGCAGGACUGGUGCCCCUGCUCUGCUUUGGAAAGGGGGCACUUGCCUGCCUUUCAAGCAAACUCUAUUGUGGACUUUGGGUCUGUUCUUUUCUGUAAGGUUUCCACUGCCCAAAGUUCCUUUGAUUAAAUGUAACCUAAUAGAAUACCUUUUAUUUUCUGGCAGAGAUUCUUCUCUGGGCUUGAGAAGGCUUUUUGUGUAGUUUAGCCCAUCUGUUCCUGCCCUCCCCUUUUCAUUAGAGAGCUGCUGUGGUUGAGGCCCACACCUGUAGGGAACGGUCUGUACUCACCCCUUAGGCUUCCAAUUACUGCAAGGUAAAGGUGCUUGUGUUCCUUUGGCACAACAGCCAUGGACUUGGAACGUAAGGUGUGUGCAGGCCUUGAGGAAGGCACAACGUCUUGCUUUUAAAAAGAACCUUUGUGUAGAAAUUGCAUCCCACUCUAGCAUGAUCAAAUGGAACAAAAGGUGGAAGUAGGUUUGAAUGUUGGUGAACUCCUUCGAAUUAUAAGGGGCGAAGGAAACAUGUUGCAGUUGGGAAGAAAAAACGGGCAAAAUCAAGGACACCCAACUUCUGCAGUAUAGGUGUACUCUUCCUCUCCCUGUCGGAAUAACCAGCAUUUUGCUUGUUAUAUAUAGAACCCCACGGCCAAGAUUCUGACACCAAAUAGCUGAACCCAAGCCAGGGAGCAGCAUUAUCCUCUUAACAGUGUGUUCUCCAGUUUCCAUUCACUAGCAAAUUGCUGAACCUGAUCAUACUAUUGACAGUGAAAGAGAGAUGCUGUCUUCUGGCCCUCGUUUGCAUUGAUCCCUUUUGGCUAGGGGCUGGGGAGGUGCAAAAACCUGCUAGAGACACCUUGAAUUCCGCCUGGACUCCCUUCAGCAAACAAGCCCCCCCCCCAAGCCAAAGUAGUGGGCAUUUUGAGGGAAAUGAGAGUUUCCCACUCCAGCCCAUCCUGUGUUCAAAAGUUGUGUUCCUGGCAGGAAGGAGCUGGGCUAUUUCAUACCUGGGGUUAUUUCAGUGCAGCUGUUUCUGGGGUGGGAGAGAGAUGAAGCCCAGAUUUUCCUGGCUUGCCUUUUGUUAGCUGGGAGCUGAGUUGGGUGAUGUUUUGGCCCUGGAAAGCUGUAAAGAUGAUCACAUUUGUUCUAAUGUAUGCAUUACCGACAUUUGGUUUUCUUGGUUCGCUUGAAAUGUUCAAUUCCAUCUGUUUUCCCUGCUUGGAACGGGGAUAGAUUUCUCCAUUGCUUCACAGAGGAGACCCCCACUGCCUGCCCCCGUUAAGAUCCGUUAUCCUAACAAUUGGAGACCUAUAAAGGCAUGUAGGCGGAGUUCAUGAACUGGCCUUGUCUGAUGAGUUGCUUUUGAGAAACACAAAACGUCCCUCAUGGGGCUCGUCCUCUGCCAGCUUGGAGAAGCUCAAGCAUGCUGAGGAUUGCUAAUCUCUUGUUUGAAGUAUAGUCAAUUCCUGCCAGACUAAUGGUCUGUUUCAAGCUAUUAGCAGAGAUGGAAUUUCAGGAAGAAAAUGAGGCUAAAAUGUUCUUUCACGCUCCGUGAUGGCAGGAGCAGGCAGGCUUCUAAUGCUGCAAACAUCUUUCAGCCUUCUCUUUAGAGAAAUGCGUAAGGACAAAUGAGUUGUUUCAAUUCCACACACAGGCUGUGGUUCCAGGGCCGGCUGAGCACCCCCUGCAGUAUAAUUACACCUUCUGGUACUCCAGGCGGACCCCCGGGAGGCCCACCAGCUCUCAGAGCUACGAACAGAACAUCAAGCAAAUUGGCACCUUCGCCUCCGUGAGUUGCAUUUCUGUCUUGUUGCUCGUUUAACUGGAUUCAGUGCAGCUUGGGGGGCAGGUGUUAUCUGCACAUGAGAAGCAAACAGGGAGGGGCCACAGCUCAGCCAUCGGGCACAUUCUCAGCAUGGAUAAGAUCCCUGGUGCAAUCUCCUGUUCUGAAACCCUAGAGGGCAGCUGCCGGUCCAAGCAGGCAGCAUCGGGGUAGUGGGGCCAAGGGCAGCUUUGUAUAUCUCUUACGUUCACAGUGAGUAUGUGUGCACUGUCAUGUUUAGAGUUAGGCUGGACCGAUAGGGGAUUCAGAGUGGCAGUGGCUCCCUUGCAUCUUGUACGGAGGAAUUCUGAACCAGCCACCGUGUGCAGUUUUACAUUGUACGGAUCUCUCAUCACCCUGUGGAAAUCACUGCCACAGGGAUUGACCAUUGGUUUAGAUAGCUUUUAAAAAGGGUCAGACAAAUUCAUGAGGGACGCGUCUCUUUAUGCUAGGUAGCCAUGGCAGCUAAAUGGAGCUUCAGUGGUAGAUACCAGGUGCUUUGUGAAUAUGGGUUAGAGCAGUUGCCUUCAGUCUUCCGAGGAACAUCUAGCUGGCCACUUUUGGAGGCAGGAUGCUGGAGUUUAUGGGCCUCUUGAUCUGAUAUUAGGUCCCACCCUCCUUUUUCAACAGUCACACAGGAAACUUCUCAAAAUGCCCCCCCCCAUCCUGUGUCUCAGCCUAGGUGCUUCCUGUUCUCAUGGCCCCAUCAGAGAAAGGGCGUUCCUUUUCCUCUAAAGCAGGGGUAGUCAACCUUUUUAUACCUACCGCCCACUAAUGCAUCUUUCUUGAUGGUAAAAUUUCCUUACCGCCCACCAGGGCUCGAUGGAAGGAGGAUUCAGCUUCUGCUGUAGGACCCCCUCCCGCCCACCUAGAAUCCUGAAAUGCCCACUACUGGCUGGUAGGGACCAGGUUGACAACCCCUGCUCUAAAGUGCCCAACAUGACCCUGUGUCAAAGGCAAGGUGUGGUUCUGAAAGAAGGCCUUCUCUUGUGUAGUUGUGUGUCUCAUUUUAAAAUCUUGACAUACGUAUAUAAUUCUGUUUGCAUGCUACCUUUCCACAGUUCAGGGCAUGCUCAAGGCUGCUUACAACGUGAAAAAAACUACACAUAACUACAACAGAACAAUAGUAGUCAUGAACAAUAAAUAAAACAUUAAAAAAGACAAAACCAAACUGAACAGUUUCUGCAUAAAUCACAACAAUAUCUAAAGUAAAGAUGCAAAAGGCAGCUGUUCAGCAGCCUCAGCUUUUGUAGCUGGAGUCAGUCCGGUCCUCAUCCUCCCAGGUCAGAUGGGAAAAGGCCUGCAAGGCAGGGAGCAGGUCUUCCAGCAUAUGCUCCGCCCUGGAAAGAAGCUGGCUGAGCAGGUUUGCAGUGCCGAAACUCUUUGGGUGGCAGCGCAGGUGCCUGGAUUGUUUGUAGCCAAAGGGAGGUGUGGUGAGGAGAGAAUUCUACUGGCCCUCCUCUCUGGCUUUCUUGUUUAACCAAUCAGAUGGGACCCUUGUGCCCAGCCCCACCUCCCUUUCAUGACUGCCUAGCCAAUGCCCUAAACCAAAAAUAAUGAGCAGCUGGAAUUACUGUAGUAUAUGAACAAAUGGGAAGAUUGCAGUAGAAGUCACAAGUGGGAAUGUUUUGCAGUGAGGAGUGCUCCUGUUUAGUGUGCCAGGCAGACAUGUCUUCUUUUCAGGAUACUCCAACCCAUCCCAUUCUUCUUCCCCCCAAAAUCAAAUUUUCUGUUUCCUCUCUAGGCUGACAUCCAGCAUUUCUGUGACUGCUGAGCAUGCUCAGUCCUCAAUAGGCUGUUUUGGGGCUGUCUUUUCCUAAGAUAGACAGAUAGAUAGGUAGACAAGGCCCUCUCUAUUCUUGUGGCAGUAAAUUGUCUAAAACUGUGCUUGACAUUGUGUUUUUAAAUUGGUGCAACCGACCCUGGGACCUUAAGAAACUGUAUUAUAAUUAUUAAUAAUUUUAAUUACGAAUGAUUUAUUGUGCUUUUGCAUAGCUUUCCCCAACCUUCCUGAUACCAUCCUCUUGUUUCUCAGUAGCUCUGUUCAGAACCGAAGCCAUGAGCUUGCUGAUAGUAAGCAUGUGACCUGUUUUCCUUUCCACAUUACUGUCGUUUGAGUGACCCACUGAGAACCUUGCAUCCACCUAGUACUUUGUGUUGCACCAGUAGUUCUGGUACUAUUGCAUAUAACCUGAGCCUUAGCCAGCAGUCCUUGGCACCCUUACUUGAGAGUAAGCCUCUGUGAACUCGGUGGAACUUACUUCCUAGUAGAUGAUGCAGAAGAUUGCCUUGCUCGUCUGACAAGUUCUACUCCGCAUAAUUCAGCACAGUUUCUGCAAGCCUGCAGUUGCUUGUGUCUGGGCCACUGGAGGGCAGCAGCGCUCUCCAGAACCGCUGGCGUGCAGUUAUUGCCAUGAAUUGAUCUCCAGGGGUGGCAUAUUUAUUCAUUUGCCUAAGAUGUGUAACUCCCCAUCUAGUUCCUAAAAGCUCGAAAGGCAGAACCCCUUUCUGCAAAUGAUGUAAUAAUGCAUGUUAUAUAGCACCGCAAAAAGCUUUGUAGGUGUGGAAUUUUAAGGGACGUGAGCUGUAUCUGAAUUCCAUUCUGGCAAGGGGGACUUCUUUUACAAUUUGCCGCAGCUUUGGGCAUUUUUUUUUUUUAUAGUCUGAGAUGCAAAGCGGUUUGCUGCAGAACAGAGAAGUGGUGCUUUCCUUCUCUUCUUCCUCCUCAGUUUCUUGGACACUAUUAAGUGCUCCAUAUGAUCACUAGCGCCUGUAAGGCCCCUGGACUUUCCAUGUUGUUGUUGUUGCAAGUGUUACCCAUUUUGCCGCUGCUUCUGCUCCCAUUCUUCCUGAACUUGCACCCCCGAUAUGAGGGUGGGGGUUCCAGUGGCCAGUUAGUCAUUCACAAUACUACCAGUCAAUGGUCUGUUGCUUAACCGUGGCUAAACACCGUGAAAUGUUUCAUGGUCCCAAGUUCCUACUAUUUUACAAACUUGUGGGAAAGGAGGCUGUAUUCUUGCUCUGAAGGCCGGUGAGUAAAAGAUGCUUAUGACUUGUAUUGAGCAACUGAAGGUGCCAUAUCUGCACUCAGGCCAUUGGCCCAUUUAGCCCAUAUUGUCUGCUUUGACUUGCAGUAGUUCUCCCAAAUGUCAGGGGAAAGUCUUUACCAUCUCUUGCUUCCAGAUUCUGUCUAGGGACACCAGGGGUAGGGGCUUUCUUUCAGCAUGCAAUGCAUGCAGUCUUAUACUAUUCUGUGGGUUCUUUCCCUCAGCUAACAGAAUGAACUUGAAAUCAAGACCUCCCUGGAUGAAAUUUCACCUUCAUUUUUUUUAUUGACAGUUUUAUUGUAUAUGUUAUAUUCUUUGUAAAGCACUUGGUGAUUUCACUUGCAAAUAAGCAGCACACAGAUUUUGCUUAAUAAAUACGCAUCCCCCAGUUAUUUAAUCUCAGCCCUUCCCUGUUUGCAUGAUGUGAUUGUGAUUUUAUGUUGUAACCUGUGACCUGAGACCUGUGGUUAUAGGGUGCUAUACAAAUUUAAGAAAUAAUACGAAUAAGAGUAAGAACUCUCCUACCCCUAUGGUAUGACUGUAAGGAUUAUGGCAAGAUCACCUAUACGAAGCAUUUUGAGUGCUAAAGGUGGCAUAUAUAUGAUAGCUGUUUUUAAUAUUUAUAUAAUGGUUUAGCACACUUUUGCUAUUUGGUUGAUCCGAUGCCAAGCCAACAUCAGUCACUGGUGGGAAGAGGCAAUGGAAACAGCAAUCACACAAUGAUGCUGUGAUUUGGUCACCUGCCUCAAGUGUUGCCUGAGUUCCAAGAAAGAGACAGUGGCUCAAGUGAGUCGGGGAGUGGUAGAGCAGGUUGCUGUGAAAUGUUGUGCAGUCAAGAUAAGUGCAAAGGGACAGACAGACAUUUAGCAGAGAGUGGGAGUUAGAAUAAGGAAGGGGGGUCUUGCCUGUCACUGUUUGUUUUUUUAACCUGCCUUGGACAUUUACAAUAUUACAAGAGAUGCUGCUGUCACGCCUUCCUGACUUGGCUGUCUUACAACCACCCAUAGCCAGAAUCUGAAAAGGAAGACCUGUCUUGGCUCCUGGAAGAUUUGCCUGACUUGGCUGUGCUUCUCCUCUUGAUAUAGGUGGAGCAGUUUUGGAGAUUUUAUAGCCACAUGGUUCGUCCCGGGGACCUGACGGGCCACAGCGACUUCCACCUUUUCAAAGAAGGAAUUAAACCUAUGUGGGAGGUGAGUCCUGACAGGUGCUGCAGUAGGAAGGAAACAGGAGAAGAUCACAAAAAGGACGCAGAAGCUGAGCUGAGGGGUGCAGAUGGGUCUGUAAUAGGUCUCACUGGCUGCACUUACAUCUGUUUAUUUUUUAUUUGCUGUUAGUGGGUAAUCGUUCAAACUAGGAAAUCAGUUACUGUUUCCUAAGACUAUUUCGUCUAAAACUUUUAACUCCCCUCAUUUAAGUAAAAAUAUAGUUUUCAAAGUUGUACCUAAGAGGUUUAAAUGCAAGAAAAGAAACCAGAUAUUAAACAGGCCUGCUGGAAGAGACAAAAUGCCAGAAUACAGAAAUAAAGUCCUGCAAUCUUCAUGCUGUUCAGCUGUGAUAUCCCCCCACUUUAUUUCCCACCCUUCACCCUAAAAUCCCUGGGCAGGUGCCAAUAGAGUCGUUGGGGGUCUAAGAGAAGCUUUAUCGCUAUUAACAUAGCUAAUAUGACAUUGAAAUAAUCCCUUUUCUCAAUAUACGAUUUUGUUCAGGAAAAAGAAAUGGUCUGAGGCCUUGUCCUUCCCCUGUUCCUAGGUGCCGUAUUGCUCUUAUUCGGCCCAACCUGCUGAUUUUACUGGGUACAGCCUAAAAGAUUGCAAGGACUGCUUUCGUAGAGGCAGCUGGGGCAAGAAAAGCCCUCCCUGGUUUGGGGCAGUGAGAAGGUUGGCCUCAUUUUCUUCCUUUUCACCUUCCCAGGAUGACGCCAACAAGAACGGCGGCAAGUGGAUCAUCCGUCUCCGGAAGGGCUUAGCGUCUCGGUGUUGGGAGAACCUCAUCCUGGCAAUGCUGGGAGAGCAGUUCAUGGUGGGCGAAGAAAUCUGCGGGGCGGUCGUCUCCGUCCGCUUCCAGGUAAGGCGCGUUCUGGGUGUCGUGGGACCAGCCUUGCCGUCUUGAGGCGUGGGAGGUCCCCGUUUGCUCACCUCCCGGCAUUCGCCCUGCAGGAGGACAUCAUCUCCAUAUGGAACAAGACGGCCAGCGACCAAGCGACCACGGCCCGGAUACGGGACACGCUCCGGCGAGUGCUGAACCUGCCCCCCAACACCAUCAUGGAAUACAAAACCCACACGGACAGCAUCAAGUACGUGCGGCGAGCGGGGAGGGUAGCACUGGCUGUAAUGGGCUUGCCUCUGUGUCUGCCGUGUUAAUGCAGGGAGCCAUUCCUUGUCCUGUAGAGCUGUGAGUGCUGUCACCGCACUGGGACACUUCUGGUGUCUCACAUAGCUUCUUCUGUUCUGGCACGUGUUGCCUUGAGGGCUACGCACAGCCCUCUUGCUGCCUGCAGUUAGUGGCCUAGCUCACCGGCUUCAGUGCUGUCCACCUUCAAGGGACCCCAUUUGUUCAUUUAUGUAGAGCAUUUGUACCUCACUCUUCAGCCAGGAAAGGCUCCCUGGACAGCUUGCGUUCAAUCGGAGCAAAACAGUACCUACCCACAAGCACAGCACACAAGGAAAAAGGAACAGGGAGGGAAGAGGAAAAUCAGAAUCAAAGCUCAGGACCAGUUUCUGAAUAGUUGCUCCUACCAUCUGGCACAGUUCAGGGCAGGAGGUGCCUGUUGGAGCUAGUGUGUCGCAGCAGAGCUGGUGGAAUAAGCUCUGCUUCCCAGGUGGCAGUUGUGGGAACAGGAGGUCCGAUGGAGCUUGUGUGUCCCUUGGUCCACUAAGGAACCCUUGGGCAUCUGCCACAGGGGUCCCAGCAUCCUCCAGAGCAGGGGCAGCCACCCUUGUCCUCUCCAGAGGCUGCAAAGUACAAAGACUGUGAUCUCAUAACUCAUUGGUCAAGCUGAUUGGGGAUGAUGGGAGUUGGGAGUCUGGCAACAGAUUGGCUCCUCUCCCUGGAGGAUUCUGGGAAAGAUUCUCAUCUGCUUCACGUAGGAUUCUGGCCAGGAACUGAGAGUGCCUCUUUUAGCACCUCCCUGCGGAGUCAGCUCACUAGUGGUGAGUUUGAAGGUGGCUUGACUCUCAGUAAGCUUUCAAGGAAUGCCAGUGUUUCCUUAAACCAGCCUUGGCCCUCCAGUAGCUGCUUGGUAGAGUGGGCUGGGAUUGUGGGUCUCCCCCUUUUCCAAGCCAAGGUGGCAGGAGGGGAGGGGGUGUGAUUUGAGUGCACCGCAUUCCUGGAGACAUAAAACACAGAGACUAACGGGGAUUUAUAGACCCAUUAGAUUUAUAAAUGUUCUCAGGAAGGCGCUAUGUAAAUUUACUGUGCUGUACAAAUGAUUUCUAAUCAUAAUAAAUGCUGUAUAUUAAAUCCUCCCAGCCCCCCCGGUGACAGAGGCCCUUUAACUAGAACAGAGGAUUAUAGUACACAGAGAGGACAGCUGUAUUUUAAAUGAGACCGUUAUAGUUUACCAGGCCAGGCCAUUCAAGAUGACUUUUAUUCUCCCGCAAAGUGAUGAAGGAUCGCUGCAUAUUUAAGAGCUUUCAGAUUGGGGGUGAAAAAUGUGAAAAACCCUUUUCACUUAAGUGCACUAUAAGCAAAGAUGCAGGUUGGGGCGCGUGGGCUGACGCUGGAAGAUUAACGUAGCCAAGGAAGAGGGAGGACAGAUGAAUAAAAUGCAGAAGUAGAACUCAGCAGUAAGAGGGUUUUCUGGUCCAGUGAGUGAGCAAGGAUGCAGCAGGGCACCUGCUUCUUUUCCCCUGGCUAGCAGAAUCCCAGGGAGGAAAGGAAUCAAGACCAUCCCAGAGUUAAAGGAGGGGUAGUACCACUGGUGGGCGGCACAUCCUGCUCCUUCUGGGGUAGUUUGUCCACCUUUGGUCCCCAUCUUGCACUCCGCUCUCACCUGUGGUUCUCAGAAGCUGUCAGCAUGCAACAGUGGCUGCGCCCCGGGAAAUUGCUUUGACUGGCUGGCUAAACCAGGCGACGGUAGUCGAUGGGUCCGAAACCCAUCAGUGAGUUAGGGACUUCCCCUGCAUGCAAAGACAGGUUCCAGCGGGUUGAGCGAGUGAGACCAAUAGUGUUUCCAGCAUUCAAUAAGGCGGUGUCUGCAUAUUCUGUAGAGGGAAAUGAGAGGCAGACAAAGCUCGUCCUGGGAAGGUAACCCAUCUAGGAGGAGGAAAACUCAUCCUAAACUUCUGCUGCCUUGCAGGAUAUCUUUGGGAGGAGAAAAGGGUUAGGAGUAAACUCUACACAUAUCCAGAGUGGAUUCCCUAAGUCUUCUGGUGGCAUCUGGUACACCUCCUUCCUGCAACUCCUGCAGCCAAGCUGGUGCCAAACGUACAGUAUUUAGAUCCCAUCAGUGAGGCCAAGAGGGGGGUCUUGUUGUCUGGGCAGCCCAGGACCUCCAGACACACUGCCCAGGCUUGCGCCCCAGGGAGGUCACUUCAGUGUGGCUAACACAGCAGUUUGACUUCACCCUGGGAGGCAUACUCCGUUGUCUCUUGAGACAGACGGAUGCCAACUGUGUGUGUGUGUGUGUGUGUGUGUGUGUGUGAGAGAGAGAGAGAGAGAGAGAGAGAGAGAGAGAGAGAAUUGCCUGGCUAGAUGAGACCAAAGGUUUCUUUCGUUCAGCACUGUGUUUACAACAGUGUCCAACCAGCUGCCUCUGAAAACUCAUGAGCAGGGAUGGAGACAGCCAUCCCUUCUGUUACUUGUCCUUCAACUUCCGGUUCUCAAAGGUAUACUGUCCCUGAUCGUGGAGGUUGCAUCCUGACAUCCAUUAAUGCUGUGAGGUUGGCAGACUUCAUUUGCAAGUUGCCUGAGCUGUAGGCUGUUAGGAAGUGGGUUGGAAGGCAGGAGCAAUUCCACAUCCAGUCCUAAGCUCUGCCCUGUACUCUCUGCCCUGAUGGAGCUGCCAGGUAGUAGAAUCCUAAACUUGCCCACCCCAAGCCAGUGUGUCAUUGGCAACUUGGUGCAGGACAUGUCAGAUGGCGGCUAAGAGCCAAGGCAGCUGCUCCCUAUUGGGAGGGGGCUUUUCUUUUCGGAUCUUUGAAGGAGGUGAGGAAUUUGAUGGUUUUCAAAUAUGGGGACAGAUGAAGAAACAUUUCCCUCCUUGUAUUUAGUGAGAAGAGGGCAAUUAAUAAUGGGUUUAUGUGCAGGAGGAUUCAUUUAGAUUGGACCCUUUUCAGACUUGCGUAGUAGUUGCAUCCUGCAAUGUAGGACCCAUUUCUCGUUAUUUACCAUAUGGCCAUCUUUCCCCUCCCUCUUUUUCUCCCUCUGUCUGUCUCUCUGUAAUUCUCCUAUUUUGCCUCCACCUCGUUUCUUUCUCUCCCUCUCUGCCACCCCAAUGAAAACCCCCAAGUGACAUUGGAAAACCAGUGGUAGCAUUGCUGGUGCAGCUUGCUUCAGGUUGGGGUGAGACCCACCCAUUGAACACUACCUCUGCUCAGCUCCAUCCGGCAUGGCCAGCGGUUAGGGCCAAUGGGAGUUGGACUCCAGUAAUAUUAGGAAGGCCAGAGGUCCCCCACCUUGGCUUGGGUGAAAUAUUGUGUUUGUGUGGGGUGAUGGGAGGCAGAGUCAUUUCUUGAUGGUGCAGCUUAUCUAGGGAAGUUUGUGGAAUCCUUUUAUUUUUGGAGAAAGCGAUUCAUGUUGGGACUGUUGCACAAGAAAAAUGAGGGAGUGGGGAGCAUCUCAUGUUGAGAUAGUUUCAUUGAGAGUCCCUGGUGUCCAUGAUGGUACUUCUGGAUGUGAGACUGUUGUGAUUGCAUGGGUGGGUAUUUAACUUGGCAAUCAAUAUAGAACAAAAGGUUUUUUUGGGGGGAGGAUUCUGAUACUGUUCUGCCCAUCACCCAUCUGCUUUUGUUUCUGCAUUGAGUAGCCGUUGCUCAGUUGUUGAUCUAGGGCUGGCUUUUAUUUGUAAAAACAUGCCGCUAAAUUUGCAUGUUGGUUUAUUUUUUUUUGAUAAUGAAAAGAUAACAUAGACUUAUUCUGCAGGCUUAUACUCAACUGAAGUUGGGGCACAUAUAGUGGGGGUCAAGAAUAAAGACCCAACACACAGUGCACCACACACAAUACUGUAAAAUAGUUCAACAAAAUGCAAUGCUAAUAGAAUAAAUUCAGUGAAUCACAGCUCUAAAAUAAAUCAGACUUUGAUUCUGCACCCCCUUGUAGUCAGUACAAAUGAAGCUGUGAAACUGGUAAUUCCAGAGUCCGUCCCUCCCUCCUCCCCCCCUCACACACACACACAAAAAUGUAUGUAUAGACAUAUGCAGACUAGCUAGGGUAAACAGGGAAUGAAUUUCGUCACAAACAGGUGACAGCUGAGUUUUAGAGAGCAGCAGAAUAAAUGAGGCAAAUUUUCCAGUAUCCACUGCACACUAGCGGAUCCCCAUCAGUUUCCUGGAACUCCAGCAUAUAAGGACUUAAGGCCUCUGAUUCACCAGGCACUGCAGGGAAGAGAAAUCUCCAGAAUUUUAUUAUCAGAUUGAUGGAAAAUGCAUCAUGCAGCAAGGCAGUGUGCCUGUUGGUCUUUGCUUUAAUGGAGCUUUCACUGUCUGCUUUACGGUACCUUUGCUCGCUCGGGGGGUAAUUUGUGUUCCCAUCACUUCAUUAUUUAUGCCCUGAGCCCAGUUUGGGAUAAUGUGAGUUCCUGGGUCUCACAGCCUUUCCUCUCUGGGCAGCUGAGCUGCCGCUUAUAACCCCCUCUGGCGGGCUCAGCUCUGAACCCUUCCUUGCGUUGUGAAGGUGACUCGGGAGGUAGCAAUCCACAGACGUUUGCCCUCCACUGACUGACAGUGUUAAGUGAAUGCCGGCUGCCUUUCAGCCAUUAGAGCUCCCCUGGUGGUUUGUGAUUAAAAACACAAACUAAAAGGAUUUGAAUAUCAAAAUGAAGAGGUAAGCUGGCGCAUGGGGCUGCCGGGGUCUUCUCUUCAUGUGAGCACACUUUCCUGUGCCUGCAUCAACCCCUGUUUGCAAGGGCAUUCCUCCAAAACCAUGCAGUCUCGCUGUGGAAGAAACAGACCCCCUUGCCACAAUCAUUUGUGGUGAGGGCGCAAGGCUCUACCCCAGAACCACAGAAGCAAGUCAUGUGACACUUCCCAAGCCUGGGGUAGCAUGUCAGUGACUAAAUAGAUCAGUAGUUCCCAAACUUUUUGGGUCCCUGUCCCCUUGGUUCCAUAUAUACCUCUCCACUGCUCCCCUACCCUAUAAAAAAGCCUUACUUGGAUGAGCAAUUUUCACAACCCGCUAAGGAAGGUAACAUCAGAGUAAAAUUCGAAAUGGGCAAUUAAUUGCAUGUCUAUUCAAAAUCCAGUUAAAUCUGUUUAGUUUAAUUAUAUCUACAAAAUUCAUGAGCGAGUUCCAGUGAUAGUCAUUUGCACCUUCUGCGCCCCGUUUCCAUCCGCUUGCCUCUUUGUGGCUCCCCACGGGGUGGUACUGUUGGUGGAAGUCAGUUGGCUGUUCACCACAACUCAAGCCAUGUGAUGCAUCAGCUGAGUACAGGGAGCCCCAGCAGAGUCUUCAGAGAUUCCUGGUUAAGGGAAAAACUCCUCUCCCACACAGCUCAAAGCAACAAAGUGUUUACUGUCUUCUGGUGCAACACAAAGCUAAACAAUACUGUCUAAUAUAUACAGUUCUUCAGGGCUUUGAAGUCAAGAUACAUAUGCACAGAGCCACAAAAACUAUCACCAUGCUAGCUAAUGUUGCUAUGUCAAAUCCACAGCCUCUUCCCCUAACUUGCAUAUUCAGAGUCAGACCCUGAACAGCAAACAGGACAGGACUUCAGGAUAUGGACCUGCCAGGACAUAACGAAAGCAACACCCUAGAGACUAUUGGACUCGUCUCUGCAUUCCUGAACCAGUGGCGAGGAUGCAUGGAUCAACAAGCCAUACACUCGACCUCGGUGGUGUUGCUAUGGUAACCCAGUGCACCUGGCACCUUAUCCCCAAACAUCCGGUCAUGGGGGAUGUGAGACCAUGCACUGUGCAAUUUAACCCAUUGUUCACGUUACACCAACAAGUGCUGCCCACUUUGGGAGCCACUGAUCUUGAUGGUAUCGGACUGCAUCUCCCAUCAGCCCCAGCUUCCGUGGCCAGCGAUGGGUGUUGGAAUCCAACAAUAGCUGGAAGGCCACCACUUCCCCACCUCUGUUCCAAGUCAAUGGUUGCCAUCCCUCCAUGCCCUCUUUCCUCCCAGCCCUCUGCCCCCCCGUGAGAAACUUAGAAAUGCUUCUCUGGCCCCAGUUUGCUCUUGGUGGCCAUUGCAGGGGUUCUCAGGCUGGGCCUAAGAGCUUUAAACUGAAGGCCUCCACCUCCCUUCUCUCACACCAUUUUCAGCUCGAAGAGAGUUCAGCCCUGGGAGUCAGAAGUGUCUAAGCCCUGGAAUCGCUUUGCACUCUCGGUCCUUCCUUCAGCUCAAAUCCUUUGUCUCCAGGAGGCUGGGACAAAUGGACCCGUUCCAGUUGCUCCUGAGCAUGGCAGCAGGGCUGGGGAUUUUGCUUUUGCACCAAAGUGGUCCAGUGGGGCAGCGGGAUUGAUCUCUUUCCCGUCCACAUUGCAUGGAGCCAGAGGGACAGGAAAGGCCAGCUCGUGGGGCAGGCAGGGGAGAAGCGAACUGACUGAAGUUGUGCCAGGUUGAGUCAACAAUGCUUCUUAAUUGAGCCCCUUCACAGCAAGGCAUUAAUUGGCCCCCGUGGCAGCUUCUGCAGCUCCAGCUGACAGAGAGCGAGCGGCCUUCUUCCUUGGUCCCACAGAAACAUUCCCCCUCCUAAAGACACUCCCUGGGAUUCUGGCUGCAGGAUUACUAGGAACACGCUCAUCCCAUGCUCAUCUUAUAUGGAAGGAAAGCGGAAUUGGGAGAAGGGUCUGCCAUUUGAUAGAAGGAACUCACCCCACACAAGCCUCUGGGAUUCUCCAGGCAAAUCUCAAAGCAACAGAAGUAAGGCUUGUGAUUGAGAAAAAACGUGUGAUGUAGACAGAUCGUGAUGACAAAAUCUGCACCUCUUUUGGUCAUGAGGGAGCAACACUGGUGACUCCUAGGUGGGAUUGCUGGCAAGUUGUGAGGCAGCAAAUCUGUUGAGAUCUAGGAGUGAGGGAUUUGGAGAAAAUCCGUCGUUUGGCUUGAAGCGCAACCCUGGAAAGCAACCGUCAGCCAGUGCAGACAUCUUUGAGCUAGGUGAACCAAUGUGUCGUGACUCGGUAAAGCUUGCACUCCAGCCUGAAAAGUAGUGUUACAGGGGAGAAACCAGUGAAGGGGUGUAGAGAUUGUGAAAGCCGGAUUGGCUCUCCCCCCUGUGCUGCUGUAGAAGAGUUUCAGAGAAGAGAGUAUUUCUGGCAGCAGAAAGCCACGCGAAGGGGCAGUCAUUAAGGUAAUCGUCUUCUCUCCCAAUUCCGCCUCCAUUUGUCUGACUCCGCAAAGCAGGCAGGUCCCCCCCCCCCAAUUCCUGCUCACUUGGCCCAUCAGUGAGAAAAAUAGCGCCAGAGGAGGCAACAUUAGGCCCAUUCCCCGAGAUUUAUCUGAAAGCACUUUUGCUGCAGAUAGUGAUCACGCUUUUAUGUUUAUUGUGGGUGUCAUUAGCUAAGCAGAUUUAAGGCAGGACGUGACUGGCAACAAUUGGCUUCCGCUUUCCAAUCAAAAAAUGGCUCUAUUAACGGACUUGUGUUCAGCAUGCAGCGUGAUGCAUUGCCCAGGGUUCUUCUCAGGCCUGAGUGUAGUGGAGAAAUUUCAUCGCCUGUAAGCUCUCCCAUGUUUUCGGGGUGUGUGUGAGGUUUUAGGCCGCAAAAGCAAGAUAUCAGCUUGCUGGGGAGUCUCCCUCCCAGUUAAAGGGCUUCAGGUUUUAGGGGUUCAGAGAUCUCCCAGCUGGAGCCUUUGGAUUUUGAGGCCUCUGUUGACCAUGCUAGACUAGGUGUUCAGUUGCUCUGAGACAAUGAGAUGCGGUUUCUUAUAUAUCCUGGAAAAGUGGGGUAGGGAGAAGAACUAUUGGAAAUAAGGUGAGCCUGGCAAGGCCAGUACAGAAUUGUGGAAUAAUAGAGCGGAAGUGACCAUGGGGGUCAUCUAGUCAAGCCCCCUGAAACCCAGGAAUCUUUUGCCCAACGUGGGGCUCAAACCCAUGGACCAUAGGGUAGGAAGGGAGGAGCAUAGCUCAGUAGAGGAGCACAUGCUUUGCAUCCAUGCUUUAUGCUGCUUCCCUGGCCUCUCCAGUUAAGGACCUCAUGUAGCACUGAGAGAUGGAGGUGGUCAGUAAACAGGCCAUAUUGAACUAGAUUAGUGUUGGACAACCUCAGUUGCAUGUGGGCAUCCAGGACUCUUGUGUGUGACCACCAGGACUCUACCUGGCCUGCAUCUCUCCCCUGCUCUGCCUUAUAGUCUCCGUUAAUGCUUCUGCCUGGCUGUAAUGUGCCCUUGAUCUCUGAUAAGGAUUCUUGUCUUGGAAUAAUAGAAUCGGGAGAGACCUAGUCCAAUCCCCUGCAAUGUAGGAAUCUCAGCUAAAGCAUCCAGGGCAGAUGGUCACCAAACCUCUGCUUAGAAACCUCCAAGGAAGGAGAGUCCAUCACUUUCUGAGAGAGCCAGUUCCAUUGCUGAACAGCUCUUCCUUUCAGAAAGUUCUUCCUGAGGUUUAGUCUGAAUCUCCUUUCUUGUAACUUGAAGCCAUUGGUUCGAGUCCUACCUUCCAGAGCAGGAGAAAACAAGCUUUCUCCAUCUUCCAUGGGACAGCUCUUCAGAUAUUUGAAGAGGGCUAUCAUGCCUCCUCUCUGUCUCCUUUUUUCCAGGCUAAACAUACCCAAUUCCUUCAACCGUUCCUCAUAAGGCUUGGUUUCCAGUGUUAGGAUAUUUCCGUUCCACCUUAAACGGGAGCAGGCUUUGUGAGUCAGAGUCUGCAUAUUUCCUGUUUCACAGGAUGUUUCUGUUGUGUCUUUUGUUUUCGCUCUCUCUGUGUCUGGAGACACUGAAGCAGGCAGUCAUGUUUUUCUUUGUUCUGAUCAACGCUGAAUAAAACUUGUAAAUAAUGCUCUCCUGAGUGCGACUUUUGCUGUGCAUUAUCUGCUGACAGAGCAUGCAUUGAGUUCUGGAAUGUGGCAGGCUAUUUCUGGAGCUCAUGUCGCUAAUUGCUGAUACUGUGUGUCUACGGGAGAUCGAUGGACGUCCGGACACGGCUUGGGGGCCAUGAUGGACUUUAUCUCCCUGGCAGUAUCCCAACAUCCAGGCCCUUGAUCACCUUGGUCUCCCUCCUCUGCACACCUUCCAGCUUGUCAAUAUCUUUCUUAAACUGGGGCCCCCAGUAUUCCAGGUGUCAUCAAACCAAGGCAGAAUAGAGCAGUGCUAUUACUUCUUUUGAUCUGGCCACUAGACGUGCCUGGAUAGGGGAGAGGGAGGGAAGUGUGAGCAAAUUAACAUGUGUUGCUGCCCCCACUUUUGCCUCUGGCCCUGCUGGCCCCCACUGACAUGUGGCCCCUGGGAAGUUGCCUAGAAGAGAAAGCGGCCCUCCGCUGGAAAGAGGUUCUCCACUUGUGAGCCAGCCAGACCAAUUGCCAGGUGGCUCAGUGAAAGUUGGUGAAGAGGGACCAUGGCUCAAUAGCACAGGGCUGCUUGUUGGAGGUCCUGGGUUCAAACCCUGCCCCCUCUAGCGAUCAGAGCUAUCAGGGCUGGGAAAGAGAGGCACACAUCCCAGAAAGCUGUGGGGAGCCGCUCCCAGACAGAAAACAAGGGGCUGGAUGGAUUAAUGGUCUGUAUCCAUACAAGGUAGCUUGAUGUACUUCUUUGUGUUUCUGAAUACCAUUAUUUGCACCGUGUUCGGUAUGCGUGGAACUUUACAGAGAAACAGAAGAUUAAAAACAGCACGGAUCUUUGUCCCAAGAGCCCCCCCCCCCAAUCUCGCUUCCAACAGAGGGAGGGGAGGAGUGGGUGAGGCCAGGGGAAAAUGGAUGAAAGGCCACCUACUCUGGCGUUGUGGGGCUGGGGCACACGGUGAAGAGCUCCUGACCUGCCUUCUGACCCCCUGAGAUGCCUGGGCUGCAUUUUCAUAUCGGCUUCCCUUGUUAGGAGCCUGCUUUGCGCCUUCCGGGCAAGCACUUUAAAACUGUGCACGAUUGCUCUUUUUCUCUUGUUCAGAGUUAAAGCCUUUGGUUUGAAGUGCUCGUUUUCUUUUCUUUUCCUCUCCUCUGUGUGUGUGUGUGUGUUGUCACCGUUGUUUUAUCCCUUUCUCUUCCUCCCCACCCUACCCUCUUCCCAUUUUCGUCCCCCCACCCCUCUGGCUUGCCAGGGCCUGGGAGGAGUUUCAUGGGCUGGUGAACAGCGGCGGCCGCUGAACGGGGGCUCUUCCCUCUCUCACACACCCAGGGUAGGGCCUCAUAUUUCUUCUUACACGAUUGUGAGGUGCACCUCUCAGCCAGAGCCCCCCCUCCCCUCCCCUCUCUCCCUCCCCAGCAUAGACUCUUGGUCACUCUCAGCCUGGGCAGCUCCCUUGUCCCACUGCCGGGACAAACCAUUGGCCUUUCUCUGUCGACAAGAUUUGCUGCGAUUCUUAAUGCUGCUCCACAGCAGCCUUGCAGAACAGACCACAAAGCUCUGGUCGCCUUGGCUGGCCUACGCAAAGCCAGUUCUGGUCUCCAAGGGGGAAAAAGGGAAAUAAAACAGACCUUUGUCAACGUUAUCUGUAGACAAGGUGUGGGGAAACUUUGGCCUUCCAGUUGUCGCUCAGCUCUACAACUCUCAUCAUCCCAUUACGGAGUCUGUUUUUAAAUGAGAAUCAGGACUUGGUGGAUAAAUCGGAUUUCUCUCAUAUGGUUAUAGCCACAUUCUGGAAGGAUGUAAGAGACGCAAACUUGAAUGCUUGGUACAAUAGUGUGUGGCGUAUAGCCCUUAUGGAGAAAUUGACUCACAAAUUGAGGCUGGCGAGAGGAACAAAGCACAACGACACCUUUGCGGGAGAACGAUGGAGCUUUAGUUUGUUCUCCAGUAAAACUAAAGACCAGUUCCAAAGGUUUGAAAUAGCUUGUGGAUCACUUAAUAAGGAUGUGAGGGAGAGAUGUGUACUGUUAUAAGUUGUAUUGCGUGUACGAGAAUACAAGUUUUCAUAAUGUAAUUUGGGGGGGGGGGUUCUGGGGAAAUCUAAAGAAGAAUGAAAAGCAACCUGCCCAACUCCCUUCAUCCCUGGCCAUUGGCCAUGCUUGCUGGGGCUGAUGGGAGUUGUAGUUGAGCAACAUCUGGAGGGCCAAAGGUUCCCUGCAUCUGCUGUGGUCAGUCUUCCACUCAGUAAUAUCAGCUCUCUAUGAGCCUACACUAAUAGUGGAAACCAGGUUCUCUAAUGGCCGUAUGUUAGCUGCCCAGUUCCAGACAGCCCCUUUGCCUGUUUGCAAAGGUCGCUGUUCCAGAGGGGGGAGGCCUUGUGAGGCUGAGAGGUACGUCUCCCACUUGCUUGUGUUGGGUGGAUGCCAGCUGUUAGAGCAGGGAGCAGAGCGAGGGCCCCCCAGUCCUGCAAACAUUUUACACAGUCUAAGUCAAGUGUCACAAAGCACAAACACAAGAGGUGGAGAUUUGUGUCUCCUUCCACAGGCUAAUAUGAGCUUGCUGCCCUGACGCAUAGUGGCUGAGCCACGCUGGUUCCUGGGGAGGAGAUGUGCAUUCCUCACCACUCUGCAGUGUGGCCUGCAGAGCAGCAAGAGUGUUAUGUUCAGAGGCCCCCUUUACAUGCAUGUGCACCUGUUUAUCAAGCAUGGUGCAAGGUUGCGCCUGAAGGACCUGGCACAUUUACCCUUGCCUCUUGUCCCAGGUCCUCCAGAUGUUCUCACUCUGCCUUGCCUUUGACAGCCUUGCAAUAGUUUUGCAGGCCAGGCCAAUCCUGUAUUUCCCCCCUGUGGGUUUCUCCAGUCGCCCUUGCCGAAUGGAGUUUGCUCUCUGAGCAUCUUACCAAGCCCAUUCCAGGCUUUUUGUGGCAUCCUACGUGGCUGCUAGUGGGGAGAUCUUUUAGCUCCCCUUCCACUUCUGAGUCAUCUCAUUUUCCCUCCCCUGAUCUAGCAGAGCUGCAUCUUCCCAGAUCAGAUUCUUAGGCUCGCCUUUCUCAAACACACAGCCCACCCCCUUUACUGUUGUUAGGGGAGCUAUGACCUGUUCAGGGGGCAACGUUUUGAACAGAACCAGAAAUGGUUGCGGGGGGAGUGGGGUUGUGUUGGAAAUGCAGUUGGGAGGAUAAUGUACACUUUGAUAGGGAAUUGAAUCAUAUUGGAUGCAUGUGGCUAACAGCACCAACCAUUAAAUUGAAGGAAGGGAUGUUCAGAAUCCAAUUUUUCUUCCUUGAUCCACCUACCUGCAGUUCUGCUGAUGCUACGGGUCACAAGCUGCUCUAUUCACUUUUUGUCUUUACGUGCAUGGGAGGCACUCUUCCCAUCAGUGAAGAGCUGGGGGAUAUCUCAAGCAAUGCAGUUCCUUGUGAUAGACAGGGUCUCAGGAUGCCUUUUUAAAAUUAUUAUUAUUAUUGGAUUUCCUGGGCCUACCUGUGGCCGAAAUUCAUGCCCUGCACUUGUUCACUCAGCAACUUUUUUUGUUUUUGCUGCAUUGGGGGGACGGGGGACGACACAACUUGAACAUGUUUGACUACUGAAUUGCCCCCGAGCAUCGCAGACCAAACUGCGGCCGCUUUUCUUGGACAAAAUACAUUUGCUAACCGCCUUCCCUCCUCUGUCUUUCAGGGAUAACUCAAGCUUCCGAAAUACCAAGAUUGCACUGUGAGGAGCAGAAGGAGGAGGGGAUACAGCACUCAGCUCCUCCUCAGCCUGGCCCAGAAAAGGCGGGCAGGGGGAGAGGAGGGUUUUUCUGUGUGCAUGUGUCCGCUGGCUGAGGAGGCUCGCAGGAUGGCCUGGGCGUUUGACACACAAUGGCUUUCACCCCUGUGCCAAAGACUGACCUUCCGGCACCCAGGCAUCUUGGUCCAGCCCAGUGGGUGACCGUACUUUGCAUUCCACACCGGAGCCCGGGUGCCCUACCGCCUCGUUUCUCUUCGAUGUGGAGGGUCCUCCUGCUAAGUGGCUCUUCCUGCCCAGGGAUUUCCAGUAUUAACCGGAUGUCUGCUGCAGAGGCGGAGGCAGUCCGGCGAUUGGCAGGUGCCCCCAUUUCACCUCUGCCAAUAAACGAUUAGGCCUCUACUCCCUCCUCCUUGUCGUCGUGUCUGCUUAACAGGUAUCUGAGAGGGCCUCCUGCUUGGAAGACCCUCAGGGGAGGAGUUGAGCGCUCUCCUUGACUUCUGGGGGAACACAGGCAGGUGCUGGGGCUGGGGCUUUAAGCAGGUUAAAUGUGCAUGACCGCGCAUUUACACUCGGGGUGGCAGGCUUUGCAGGUUCUCUUCAGGCUGCCCCAGUUGCAAAGUUAACUGAGCUAAUAAAUCAGUCAAACAUG